AAAAUAAAAUAAAAUAAUAAAGUCUUAUAAUCUCCUAAAACUGGUUCUAGCGACCGAUUUCUUCCACAUUAAUAUCUCCAUCCAAUUUUUUCCACAAUAAUAUCACUAUCCCAUCCCGAACACCCUCUCCUCAUCUGCACUCUUUAAAAGCCAUAAAUAAACCAUAUAAGGAAAAAAGAGGGAGGCCGGAGACUAUACAGACCACCAAAGAGUAAACAGGGAUGGAAAUGGUGGCUCCAGUGUCGGAAUUUAAUUUUCACACCGCCAUGAAUACGCCGUACAUCAGCGCUCCGUCGAGCCCCCCAAAUAACUUCACCGACAGCUCCUUCUUCGAAUUCAACCACCACCGAGAGCACCACCACAACAGCGCUCCUAACAGCCCCACCUCCUCCGCCGCCAUCUACGCCGCCUUCCGUAAGAACUCCGCCGCCACCCGCGGCAGCCGCCACUCAUCCGUCCCCUUCGACUGGGAAGAAAGGCCUGGCAGGCCCAAAUCCUCCGCUUUCGAUGAAAAAGAUGACUUCAACUUCGAUUUCGAUUUUUCUUUAGGUUUCAGCGACAAGAUCGCUCAGCCAUCGCCGGGGAAAGUGGAUUCCUUUCUCGCCGCCGACCAGCUGUUUGAGUUGGGAAAGAUAAGGCCUUUGAAGCCUCCCCCGCGACUCUACUCGCCGGUGAUGGGAGAGCAGAUCCCGAAGUCGCCGAGGAGCGGCGGAUUUCUAUCUCCCCUGCGCAGGGGAAGAAACCAACGGGACAAAGAAUUGGAUCCUUUCGUUCUGGCCAUGGUGGAGGCGACGAGAAGCCGAAGGGAAUCGAGGUCGUUUUCUCCAUUCGGAGGCAGGGGAAAAAGAGGAAGCUUUAUGAUUCCUGGAUCAUCUCCGCCUCGCAAUCCUUCAGACAUGGCCGAGAAGGGUGGGCGAGGUUGGAAGUAUCGGAUCAAGGAAUUUCUUCUGUUCCGGAGCUCGUCGGAGGGAGAAGGGUGUGGAGAAAGGAAAAAGAAUGAUUUUUGCGACUAUGGAAGUUCGUUGUCCUCAUCUUCAGCGUCGUCGAAUUCCUCAGUGUCGUCGGAAAAGGGGAAAACAAGAUUUGGUGUUGCCCGCAGCCGGCGGCCGCGGCGGCGGAUGCGGGGAGUUGAGCUGCUCGAGCUUCGGGACUGAGGACACGGCGGUGAUGAUCAAGAAGAAGACGGUGGGGCCGUACAAGCAAAAUACGUUCAUCGUCCGCAGCUUCGCCGCCGGGAAGUUUGCUGCGUCCUUCAUCCGCCGUCGGAGUUAACUCGACAUGAUGUUUAAUUUGGAAGAAAAUAUUCGUCCAGUGAUCUACGAGCAGCCAAUCAUCGAGCGUCGUC